AUGGAGCCCGCGGCAGAGCCCAGAGUGGGUGCCUUCGAGCCGAUGAGCGAACCCAUGACGAGAUCUCCAGCACGAGCACCGCUCACGUUGCCGCGUCCAGAGGUGUCCGUGCCCAUUCCUCGAUCUUACAGUCACCAAAAAGUGCCUUGCAACUUGGAGCCCAGAUUGUUAGCGCUGGAGCAGAAUGUCGGGAGGAACGCCGACCUUUGCGCCAAGAUCGAAGGCUUCUUCGAGCGUGUGACCGCCAGAGUCGAUGCCCUUGAAUCCAACCAGCUUGCAAAGGACAUCCUUGUGGACCUACAAGAGAAAAUGCGCUCGAUUGAACAAGAAUGGGAGAAACACGAUUUCGUUCGCAUCGAGAAGAUGACGGAUACCACGGACCAAGAGCAAGAAUGGAAGGCGGCACUGGCGAAGCACAAGGAGGAAUUGGAUGAAACAAUGAAGGUAAGAAUGUCGCAGCACAAGAAGGAGCUGGAUCGUGCCGUGCUUCGCUUGAACGAAAGGUUCGACACAAUGGCCAAAGAUAUUUUCUCCCUGAAAUCCAACUCUAUCACAUUCCAAGAUCAAACUAGCCAGCAGAUCUUGGAUCUGAAAACAACAUAUUCUAAACAUGGACAGGAGUUGCAACAGCUGCAAAAUUUCCGAGAAUUACGGGAGAGCUGGUUGGAGACUUUUGAGAAGAGAAUGGUUGAAGUGGAGGACAGUGUGGCCUACAGUGAGAAAGUGCAUGUGGAGAGUUCUCAUGCACUGCGCGUUCAUCUAGAGAGUCUCCAAGCAGAGGUGGAGGACAGUUUGCAAGAGGUGUGCUCAGUCCAUGCUGAUUAUGGUGCGCGUGUUGGGAAGAUCGAACUUUAUCUUGCCAAGCCCUUUCACUGCGCACCUCAAGCCUAUGGUGAGCCGCUGGCCGCGUCCGAACCUCAAAGCACCUUGCGCAUCCCAAUCCCUCCGAAGCGCGGCCCGACGUCUCAGCCCGACGUCGCACAUGAGCCGAGAUCGAUCUCGAAGAAUGCUCAGCAGCAGUGA